CGACUUUGGAACCUGAACCAUUUCUACUACCUCCUCGCGUUCCUUUCUCUUUCACUCCUUUCGAGUUCCUCAUAACAGAGGAGAAUCAAAGAUCACCGAUCAGAUCGCCGCAUUCCAAGCCCACCGCUCAUCCCGAUCCACCUGCCAUACCCCCGACCAGCCCCCAAGAAAGAAUCACCAGAAGAACAAGCAAUCGCAAACACAAUGGCGCAAAAACUCCACCUCACCCUCACCACCACCCUAACCCUCCUCGACCAAUUCCAAACCGCCAUCACAACCUCCAACACCUCUUCCCCGACACCCACCACUACCACCGAAGCCACCGAAACCAUCACCACAAAAGACGCCCUCCCCCUCCUCUCCGCCGCCUCCCUGUCCCUCAAAUCCCAAAUCACGAAACUCUCGCUCGUCUCCAUCACAGCUCCAUUCACACCCACCGCCGCCGUUCCGAUCCUGAGCGCGCUCAACGAAUCCGUCCUCCCCUCGCUCGUGACCGCCGCCCUCCUCAUCACCGCGACGGACCACACGCAAACCUUCCAAACCGAGGCGCACGCGCUCACCAAACUCGCGCUGACGGAGCUGUCCGUUCUGUUGCACGAAGUGCAGAGCAUCGCGACGAAGAGUGAUGACACCACCACAAAAAAGAAAGAGCUCGCGCAGCACGACAAGGACGCCGUGACGCUGGCGGCGGCGCGGGCGUGGGAGUCGUGCGAUGCGCUGGUGGAUCUCGCGGCGAAGGGGGUGGUGGGGUUCGUGGUGCGACGGGUGGAGCAGUGGCGGGAUCUGGUGCGCGAUGCCGUCGGGGAGAUCGAGGAGUGGGAUCCCGAUGAGGAGGGGGAUGAGUUCUUCGACGAGCUGUUGAGUGAUGAUGGUGAUGAUGCAGAAAAGAAAAAGGGGCAGGGGGAGAAUGACGAUGAGGAGGAUGACGAUGAUGAGGAAGAGUCGAAGGCGCUGCAUGCGCAGAAGAAGUCUACGCUGCGCGUGUUGAAACCCAUUGCGCAGGUCUACCCCGCGAUCGUGACGCACCGGCUCAAGAGGACGGCGGAUGCGGUGGCGGAGGUGCGCAGGUUGGAGGCAUUGAUGGAGAAUCUCCAGGUCAUUCCGGAGCUGGUGGAUGAGAUUGCCGGGGCGCUGUAUGAAGCGGACCCGGACAGGUCGGGCCGGUUCUUGGGGCAGACUAAGGACCGGGCUGUCAAGGCGUUGGAGGUGGUUAAGUUGCCCUGGCAGCAGGGAACGACGGGCGAGGAGAAGGGGGACAAGUUCACUACUUGGGUGAACACGUGGUUGAAGGUCAUGGAUGAGCUGAGCAAGUCUGUCUUUGGCUCGGCGUGAUUUGGGUGAUUGAGAGGCCACUGAACGGUGCUCUCGCUGGAUUCCAUAUACCUCCGUAUUCUGAAUAUACAAUAUUCCAUAUAUCCCCUAUCUACAGCAAGUCUCUGAUGCCUGGGAUCCGUCCCUGAUGCACAUGUAGCCUAGGAGCUUUGAGAUGGAAACAAG